AUGGCGGCUGUGCCCUUGGACUCUACAACUCAGGCACCCACCGACGCCAUCAUGGACAUCGAUAUGGAUCUCGACCUAGGCCCGGAGCCCGAACCCGAACCCGAAAUCGAGCUCAUCCACACCGAGAACACCGUGCAAGAGACCUUCAUCGAACCAAACUCAGAAGAAGCCGUAUACGAGAAAGUCCACGUACGCGGCGUGGACGAAUUAUCAACCGACAACAUCAAGCAAUUUGCGACCAGUCACUUCGAACACGAAGUACCUUCACGGGUUGAAUGGAUCGAUGAUACCUCCGCUAAUCUCAUAUACUCCUCUGCCGAUGUGGGCCUUCAGGCCCUCCUGGCUUUGACGCAGGUCAACGAGGAAGAAGAUGCUUCCUCCCUGCCACCUUUACGUCUCCGGUCGGCCAAGCUCCUCGCAAGCCAUCCAGACUCCGUUCUCCAAGUGCGAUCUGCCGUCAAAUCAGACCGGAAGCAAGCACGUGCGUACGAAAAGAGUCGCUUCUACCUCAUGCACCCCGAACACGACCCGCGCGAACGCCUGCGAGAAGAGCUCACGGAGAGAAGGCAACGAGGAGACACAAAUGAUGGCGAUUAUAGGCGUCGUCGAUUCGACGACAAGGAAUUGGGCCGACGACGAGACCGCGAUGGCGACGACCUCUUCAGCGCCAACAUGUAUGAUGACCAGCCUGAGAACCGCUCGGACUUGGGGCAUAACCACUCCGACCGAAGACAGCGAGGACAACGGGAAUUGUUCCCAAGCGAUGACCGGGCGUCCGGACGACUGCGCAACCGCAGUGCCUCUCCUGGCAGAGAUACUCUCGAGGAGGGCAGCCGUGUCGAUCGAAACCCCGACACUCGCAGAAGAUUCCGUGAGCGAUCGCCCCAGCUUGGACGUCAGAAUAAAGGCAAGGAGCUUUUCCCAGCCGAGGCCGGGGCCCGCGAAUUGUUUCCCAACAAGCCUGCGUCGAGUUAUAUCAAAAAGGAACUAUUCCCCAGCAAACCGAGCGGCCAUCGCCGAUCUGAUGCCUUUGAUGCUACAGACGAGUCUGCGACUUCUCUCGGACGAAGAAUCACCGCUCCCCAGGCCGAUUCUGACUCCGACCAGCGUAUUCGUAGAAUAGCCAAAGACGAAGAUCAAGGCUUUGCGAUUCGAGGUGGUGGCGGAGGCAUUCAAAUCAAGGGACGAGCCGCAUCAGUUCGUGAACUGUUUCCAUCCAAGUACCAAAACCAGGCGGAUCAGUCGGCCAAUGCAGGAAAGGAGCUUUUCUCGGAUACACUAGAUGGACGCGGAGGACGCCGACGAAGGGCGGAGGACAUGAUGAACUGA